GCCAUUGGGCGCUUUCGUUCCUCAUGUCGGCCUGGACGAGCAUGGAGGCAGAGCUUGCCAACCGACUCAUCAACUCAGACCUUGACAUUCCACUUGCAGACGCGCUUGAAUCUCAUCACAACGGCAAAAGAUGUAUUCUCACCGGCUUAACACCCACGCGGGGCGCCCUAGAAUGGACGCAUCUCAUCCCUGGAUGUGUAGAGAGUGUGAGAGCGAAAUUAAUAUCGACAAUGCGCGAGAGGCAGCUGUGUGGGUCUUGUGCCCGUACGGAUUCGUUCGAAAACGUAGUCCCCCCUAACUUGGUUUACGGCCCUAUAUUCUCACGAUCAUCGACAUACAUAUAGUAGAUCAGGGUUUCCACUCGAGAUUCGACUCCCUCUAUUGGACGUUCUUCCCCACGCUGAACGUCCUUCUCGCGCUCAUCCACCUCGAGGAAUCUUGGCGGGCUGGUAGAAAACGGACCUUUGAGAUGGAAGGAGUCGAUGUCGGCAGACCAGACUAUCCCACUCUUUUGAUGCGUGCCUUUACACCUCUCGUUGGCCGCAUCUUCAUGGCCGACACCCCCACAUUCGAAGCCAUUGAGAAUGGCGCCUUCCCCACGCUCCACCUCCUCGCCGGCGUCCCCAACGUCGUCUACGCAUGCUUGCCUCGUCUUGCCAACAUCCUUCGCUUUCCAUGGUCGCCGGAAGGAUCGGCAUACACGCGGCGUGCCAUGGAACUUGCGAUCUAUCUGACUGAGCUUUGGGAAUGGGAGUUGGGCGAUGUGGAGCCCGCCCGUUCGAAGGGAUUGCCACCUUUAGGGACGAACUCAGAUACCUCGCCGAUGGCGGUACCUAGCUCAUCUCUCAUGGCCUCUGAUGCACCCUUUGGCGACAAAGGCCUGGAUUCGCAGAUAGUUUCCGACCUCGCCAUGAUCUCUUAUUGCAUGGACGAAGACAGUCCCAGCGGCAGCCGCUCACACACACGACUUUCCGCCCAAGCACUCCGCCAAAUAGACUGCAAGCCCCCUUCUUCUCCGCAUUUAGAGUCCGACAAGCGUUCCGUCACGCCGGCAGCCCAACCAGCGCAAUCUGAAAGUCGAUUGACUUGUUCAUCCUCUGACCCUCCUCCAAACAAACAUACCUGCGACAACGACAAAGCGAAAACGAACGCCUCCAUCUCGUCCUGGCUGGAGAGACUUCUCGCUGAGGCCCUGCCUGUAUCACCUACGGAUGUCUUCGACGAGAUGACUGAGGUCACUCAGCCCGGGAAUACUGACGGCCUAACUAGUGACGAUAUAGACACGUAUGAAAGCAUCGAGAUUGAGCAAGGUGUGCCGUUUGAGGCAGUGUUAUUUUGGACGGCCAAGCCGGGUCCGGGAAGGGCGGACGUACUUUGGAGGCUGGCGGACGGGGUCUGA